AUGACACUGCUCUUCUCUUGUGUUGGUGGAUAUAUGGAUAAUCAUAAUUUAGUUUUAGAUGAGGCUUCUGUUAAUAUAGCAGAUUAUCCAUUAGUCAUUGGACAAGAGUUUCCAGAUGUGGAAACCUGCCGAAGAACAUUGAAAGAUAUAGCUAUAGCUAUGCAUUUUGGUCAUAGCAGUCGUGUCAUAGCAAAAUGCUCUAAAGAAAGAUGCCCAUGGCGUGUUCAUGUUGCAAAAUGUCCUGGCAUUCCAACUUUUACGAUAAGAACCCUACAUGCAGAGCAUACUUGUGAAGGAGUUCGCAACCUGCAUCAUCAGCAGGCAUCUGUAACUUGGGUUGCAAGAUCAGUAGAAGCACGCAUUCGAGAUAAUCCACAAUACAAACCAAGGGAUAUACUGCAAGAUAUACGUGAUCAGCAUGGAGUUGCUGUUUCUUACAUGCAAGCUUGGCGUGGGAAGGAGCGGAGCAUGGCCGCCCUUCACGGAACGUUUGAAGAAGGUUAUGAUCUUCUUCCUGCAUACUGUGAACAAAUUAGGAAAACCAACCCUGGGAGCAUUGCAUCAGUUGUUGCCACUGGACAUGAAAAUUGUUUUCAACGCCUGUUUAUUUCUUUCCGUGCAUCAAUUUAUGGGUUUGUAAAUGCUUGUAGGCCACUUUUAGAACUUGACAAAGCACAUCUUAAAGGGAAAUACUUGGGUACGUUACUUUGCGCUGCAGCUAUUGAUGCUGAUGAUGCUUUGUUUCCUUUGGCCAUUGCUAUUGUUGAUACUGAAAGUGAUGAAAACUGGAUGUGGUUCAUGUCAGAAAAGUGCUUCUCAUGGUUUCUGUCUGCGUUAUUUGAAUUUGAAAGCAAAGUUGCUGAGAUGAUAGAAAUUUCACAGGAUGUUACAUCAUGGUUUCAAGACUUUCCUCCCCAACUUUGGGCUGUGGCAUACUUUGAGGGUGUUCGAUAUGGCCAUUUCUCAGUUGGGAUAACCCAAUUGUUGUAUAACUGGGCCCUUGAAUGUCAUGAGCUCCCUGUAGUGCAGAUGAUGGAACACAUCCGACAUCGGAUUACAUCUUGGUUUAAUGAUCGUCAGGAUAUGGGCAUGAGAUGGACAUCAAUUCUUGUACCAUCUGUUGAGAAGAGGAUGCUGGACGCAAUUUCUGAUGCUCAUUGCUAUCAAGUACUCCGAGCAAAUGAAAUUGAGUUUGAAAUUGUGUCAACUGAGAGGACCAAUAUUGUGGAUAUAAGAAGCCGUGUGUGCUCUUGUCACCGUUGGCAGCUGUAUGGUUUACCUUGUGCCCAUGCUGCUGCAGCACUUAUUUCUUGUGGGCACAAUGCCCAUAUGUUUGCUGAGCCUUGCUUCACAGUAGAAAGUUACAGAGUGACCUAUUCACAGAUGAUAAAUCCAAUUCUGGAUAAGAGCUAUUGGAGAGAACAGGGGGAGGGAGCAGAGGGUGGAGGUGCAAAGGUUGCUCUCAUAAUUUGCCCUCCAAAGAUCCGCCGACCACCUGGAAGGCCUAAAAAGAAGGUUCUGCAAGUGGAGAACUUCAUGCGUCCCAAAAGAGUUGUACAAUGUGGUCGUUGCCAUUUGUUAGGACAUUCUCAAAAGAAAUGCACAAUGCCCCUUUGA